CAGUUUUGCCUGAAAUGUAGUGGCGGACUCAAGUUUUGCCCGCGAGUAAAUUAUUCAACAUUAUUUUUUAUUUUAGCUCCAUAAUAUAAUUUACGAUUUUUCGAACGAAAUGAAAAACGAGAAAUGAAAAUGUGAAAAUCAAACAACGAGUGGCUUUGAAAUAAUUCGCUUGAUUGAGUUUAAGCGUUUUUUUAGUAACAAACAAAAGCCCCAGCUUUAGUAAGAAAACGUUUUAUAAACAUCGACGAAAAAUUCACGAUCAAGUUAAAACAAAAAACGAUAGGCAGAGUUGCAAAGACUCUCCCAAACAUCACGUCCUAAACCACAUACACACACAAAAUGUUGCGUAACACGCCCUUCGGUGCCACGCCCACCUACAAAUUACUUCUGGGCUUUGGACUCUGCUCCCUUGGUGGCGCCAUGCUCUACGCGUACUUUAAGACUCGAAAUGAUGAGGAGGAAGAGGACUCAAAUAACCAACACCAGGCUUCAAGGACUGCAAGACAAACGGAGGAACAGAAGCCUCAGAAAGAAGUGUGCCUCAAAAUCGUUGUGGAAAACGAACAUGUGCCCCUGAUAAUGGGACGGGGUGGUUCCAAUAUCAAGCUAAUUGAAGAAAAGACCCUCGCCAAGAUAAGAUUACGGGACAAAGACAGUGGUCACAAAUUUUGUGACAUUUCAGGCGUUCCCGAUGCCGUAAAAGCCGCUCGAGUUCUGCUUAUCAAAGAGAUUGAGCGGGCACCUGUUGUGAAAGUGGAACUGCAGGUUCCUCAGAGACUUGCCAGCAAACUGAAUGGACGAGGUGGCGAGCUCAUCCAGGAGAUACGCAGUAGCUCACUGGCAAAGCUGAAUAUUGACCUGAAUGGUCGAAAUGGAAAGGCUAAGAUCACGAUUGUCGGCAAUCAAAAGCAGGUGAACAUUGCUCGGAAAAUGCUGGAUGAUCAGAUAGAGGAGGAUGAGGAACUGGCACGAUCUAUGGAGGAAGUGGAGCAGCGUCGCGAACCCCGCCGAUCCCCUACUAACAGCAUUGCAUCGUCCAGUUUGUACUCAUCCCAGACAUCCUUGAGCUCUCACACUCAACCGAGGGAUAAAUUGAUGGCUGCAAAGGGGGAAGGAAAGCCGAUGGAAGUUUAUGUUUCAGCUGUGGCCUCACCUACCAAAUUCUGGGUACAGCUUAUCGGACCGCAGUCCAAGAAACUGGAUAACAUGGUCCAGGAGAUGACCAGCUACUAUAGUAGUGCUGAGAACCGGGCGAAACAUGUGCUAACUGCUCCCUAUGUGGGUCAGAUUGUGGCCGCCGUCUUUAAGUUCGAUGAAAAGUGGUAUCGCGCGGAGAUUGUCGACAUUAUGCCAAACCAGUACAAUCCAAACGAGCAGGUCAUCGAUCUUUACUUUGUGGACUAUGGUGAUAGCGAAUAUAUUUCACCAGCGGACAUUUGUGAGCUUCGCACCGAUUUUCUCACACUCAGAUUUCAAGCUGUGGAAUGCUUUUUGGCUAAUGUGAAGUCCACCAUCCAAACUGAACCUAUUACAUGGCCGAAGUCCUCCAUUUCAAAGUUUGAGGAACUGACAGAGGUGGCCCAUUGGAGGAAACUAAUUGCUCGGGUGGUGACUUAUAAGGAGCGUCCAAAGGCCACAACCGCUGUGAAUUCCGCCGCUAAGGAGGGCACACCGCUACCCGGAGUCGAACUUUUUGACCCUGCAGAUAACGCUGAACUAAACAUUGGCGAUCUGAUGAUCACCCAGGGAUUUGCUUUACCAUUGGACAAUUCUUAUCCGGUGCGAUCACGCUCCUCAACGCCCUCGAGUAAUAGUGACUCUACUAUUGAAGAGCUGUGCGUCAGCAAUCCAGUGACUCCUCUCACUCCCCACUCACCCAUGUCAAUGUCUAUUGACGCGGAGAGCAUUACGCAGGCGGAGGACGAACUCCUCGCACAGCAGCUGCAACAUCUGCAGCACAAACUUAAUGGAAAUGAUUUAAAAACAAUUAAUCCGGCUAAAUUGACAGCAACAGACCACGAAAAUGGAAAUAACAAUAAUGCCAACAAACAGACAAAUGGCGGUAGCACGCAUUAGGAAUUCAAAUUGUUACUAGUUAUUCUCGCCUAAUUGUUAAUAAUAUUAAGGCUGGAUGAGCAGCUCACUACUUGACGUGUACAUAAAAGUAUAGCUUUUAAGGAACUUAUUUUAUAGGUAUGGAAGCAAACUGUUUAAAUUUAUCGCCGCGACUGAUCGACAUAUCCUAGAUCCUAAAAGCUGGCGAUGGACCGGCACAGAUCCUUAAUUGUUUAUAGCAAGCUUUGCCAUGUUACUUAUUGUUAGCAAAAACAUUUGUACAUCAACAAAAAAAAAAUACACAAAAGAUCACAAAUUUAUCAAAAGAAAUGCAUUUUAUAAGAACAUCAAA